CGCGAACAAAGCUAUUGAUAUACAAUGUAUAAAAUACAAUUAAGUGUCUCUUGAAAGAAAAGUCGAGCAAGUUUUCUUUUUGGAACCCUAGUCAUGUGACAACUAAUAAAUAUGAAUUCAUAGUCUACUUGUGGAAGGUCUAGACACUUUGAGUUGAGAGAUGAAUGAGUCAAUUGUCAAUUGUCAAAAUUUUUGGGGUUAUGUUAAGAUCAAAAUGUCACCGAAUUUUAAACAAUAAAAAAUAGUACGUUUAUUUUAGUUAUUUGCUCCCCAAUUGUAUAAAAGGACAAUUCAUUUUUAAAUCUACAAACAUGGCGUUUAAUUUCGGAAGUACUUCUCAACCGGCUUUUGGAAAUCAAAAUAAAAUGGCUGGUUUCGGUACUGCAUUUGGUUCAACUCCUGCAACGACUGCAUCUACAGGAUUCGGAGGAUUUGGUACUUCCUUUGGAACAGUAGCACCUUCCCAACAAGCCACCGGUUUCGGCUCGUCCUUUGGUACUCCGUCCUCAGCGCCACCGGCGUUCGGUAGUACCUUUGGAACGCCAGCUUCGACUGCACAAACAACUUUUGGUACCUCAUUUGGAACAGCAGCUUCAUCAGCUGCUACACCGUUUGGAACGGCGUUUGGUGCUCAACCAGCACAAGGAGGUUUAUUCGGUGCUACAACGACUGUAGCAGCGGCUCCUAGCUUAUUUGGAACCACUACGUCUGCUCCGAGCUUGUUUUCAAGUGGUACAACUGGCGGAGGUUUGUUUGGUGCCCCUACACAAACUACGGGUUUAUUCGGUGGUGCAGGUACUACUACAACCACUCCAAGUCUCUUUGGUACUAACCAGACGCAGUCUUUAUUUCCCCAACCUACUGCCGCUGCAGCUCCUAGUUUAUUCGGUGGUGGGGGUGCUACAACAGGUUUUGGAACAGGUUUGUUUGGUAGUACCGCCACUACUUCGGCUCCUUCUUUGUUUGGAACAGGUUUUGGUACUUCAUCGGGUACUACAGGUGGAUUUGGAGGUUUUGGAACUACCAGCGGUGGUACUAGUUUUGGAGGAUUUGGUACCCAGCAAGCAGGAGCUUCCCUAUUUGGUAAACCUGUAUUACCACAAACAGCUCCUCAGCCGCAAGCCUCAAAAAGUCAGCAAGUGAUAGCUUCCGUGUACGCUAUCAAUAUUUUCAAUGACGAAAGGGACGAUAUUCUCAAGAAAUGGAACAUGUUACAGGCUUGUUGGGGUACCGGAAAAGGAUAUUUUAACAGUUCCCAGCCACCGAUAGAAUACGAUGCUCAAAAUCCAUUUUACAGGUUCAAAGCAAUGGGUUACAAUGUCAUACCUGAACAUGAUAAUUCUGAUGGGAUCGUCAAGCUUGUUUUCAAUAAAAAAAUGGACGAAAUGAAAAAUCAACAAGAAGUACUCAAAAACGGCAUUGCUGGUAUUCUUGGAAAUAAGCCUAAUUUAACAAUUGAAAUUGUCCAAAUAAAAUCGCUUUCCGACAGUCAAACCGAGGUUAAAGUUACAGUCUCGGAAAGAGGAGUAACCGGAAGUAGUAGAAAAAUUCCCGCUUCCGAUCUAGCAUUAUUUUUCAAUCAACCCGGCCAAAAACAACAGUUAACAAAUGUCGGGGUGAUUUCUAUAACUCCAUUUGUAACACCAACCAAGGCAGAACUCGAAGAAUACUUGAAACAUCCACCACCAGGCAUUGAUUCUCAAAUGUGGCAAGCAGCAGUUCAGGAUAAUCCAAAUCCUAAAAAGUACAUUCCAGUACCGAUAAACGGUUUUUCCAACCUAAGAUGUAGAAUGCUUCAUCAAGAACACCAAACUGGUUUACACCAAGCCUUCUUGGACAAGGUUAAUACUGACAUUACAGCACUGAAAACCAGACAUUCGUCUUCUGUGGCUCAAAUUGCUGAAUUAAAAUCUAAAUUUUUAGAGUUGCAACAUAGAAUACUAAGGGUUUUGGUAAAACAAGAGAGUACUAGAAAAGUAGGCAUAGCUAUUCAGCCCGAAGAAGAAUUGUUAAGAGGAAGGUUUGAAAUGAUGCACCAACAAUUAAAUAAUCCUAAACAGUUUAAGGGCCAAGUGAAUGAACUUCUAUCAAAUAUUAAAAUGAUGGCAGGAAGUUACAAACAAACCAAUCCCUGUUACAGAUUAGAUGGCGAAACAGAAGAAGAAAUUAAAAAUGUAUUAAAGAGUGAACAAAAUGGAAUAGGACAAUUAAUAAAAAUCAUUCAAACAGACUUGAAAGCACUUAAUAUUGUAUAUGAAGGUUUGAAACACUCAUUUCCAUCCAUGCACUAGUUAGAUGUCUUUAGUUUUCAUUUAAAGUGCAUUAAAGAAUCAUAAUUUCAUGACUGGCUAAUUUUUACAUUAAUUUUUUAUCAUAAAUACCCUCUAUGGAAUAAGUGACCAGUUUUUAUGUUUUAAAUUAUAG